AUGUUAAAUCAGAAAGUCGAACUUCCUUUAGCAAAUAUUUACAGUCGAUAUGCAAGAGAUGAACCAUAUUUAUUUAAAGAUGUUUACGACCCAGCUGCUAUUAUUGUUCAUGCUUCAUUUUCUGGCGCCCAAAACUCUUUCUUAUGCUUGGCAAAUGACUUUUACGAAAAACCUACAAAGUUAUACGAACCACCAAGUGGAAGUAUUUCAGACUUUCAAGUAUGGUUUACUACAGAUGGAAGAAAAAGAAUAAUUCCAUUAUACCAUGCGUUUUACUUAGAACUUAGUUUCAUAUACAACUACUAUCGAACGGUAAAAAUAUAA